UUAAUAUCAAUUAGCACACUACUCGCGACCCUCUCUCUUUCAAAAUUCGCACACCAUUUGAUGCCUCGUGUCCUUCCGUACCAAUAAUUCCAGUGAAGCGCGUGACCGUCGAAUCUCCUCCAUGUCCUUUCCCCUUCUUCCUUACUUUUUGUGCUUUCAACAACUUCAUACACACUCUCUAGCCCUUCUGUUGGUUUUUUCCCCUCCCUCUGAAAUCCUCACAACAUGUUUCACUUGAGCAAUACUGUGAUUGGGAUCCUCAAUUUCCUGACUUUCCUCUUAUCCAUUCCCAUUCUUUGGCUCGGUAUUUGGCUUAGCAAACAUGGCGCCACCGAGUGUGAAAAAUUGCUCGACAAGAUCUUCAUUGUGUUGGGCGUCUUCCUUCUCUUGGUGUCGCUGGCUGGCCUGGUCGGCGCUUGCUGCCGUGUCUCCUUGCUCCUCUGGAUUUACCUUAUCGUCAUGUUCCUGCUCAUCAUUGCCGUACUUGUCUCCACUAUCUUCGCCUUCGUUGUUACCAACAAAGGCGCCGGGGAAGUUUUAUCCGGCAAAGGGUAUAAGGAGUAUAGGCUCGGUGAUUACUCUCACUGGUUGCAGAAGAGAGUGAACGACUCCAAAUACUGGAAUACGAUGAAGAGCUGUCUUCGGGCCGGGCAAUACUGCUCCGACUACCAAAAGCUGUAUGCCAAAGACGAUGCCAACAGGUUCAGUUCAGAGAAAUUAACACCGGUUCAGUCUGGAUGUUGCAAGCCAUCAAACGACUGUAACUUCGUAUACCGGAGCCCAACAGUGUGGAACAAGACGGAAACUGCAAAUUAUACCAACCCUGAUUGUGGUGCUUGGAGCAAUGAUCCAAAUGUCCUGUGCUACGACUGUAAUGCAUGCAAGGCUGGGAUAGUGCAAGACAUUAAGACUAAUUGGAAGAAGACGGCUAAGAUCAACAUAAUAUUCAUCAUCUUCUUGAUCAUUGUGUACUCAAUAGGGUGCUGCGCAUUCAGAAAUACCAGGAGGGACGGUUGGAAGUGAUCUUAGGCUGAGAAGAAUCAGAAUAAAUGAACGUAAUUAGCAUUUAGAUGGAUCAUGUAGUUUCUCCGUUGCUAGCAAUAAUGUAACAUGCUAUGUUUGCUGUAAAUUGCUCAAUCUUGUAUUACAUUUCCCAGUGUUACUUUGGUGUGCAGUCUUGAUCCCUUUUUUCC